ACAUUUACUUAUUAUUGUUGUUUUUAAUUCAGUAAUUCGCAUUGGUGUGUUGUAGUCUUUGCUGUAUAAAAUUUUUGUAUCCACGACGUUUUUUUGUUUGAACUCUCCCGUCUGUGCCCGAAUGGAUCGACCCGAUUGUCUGUCGCACUCUGCAUCCUAAUGAAUUUUCAGUAAUUCCUAUCAAAUCUCUGUAGUUAACUGGGGCACUGACACUUAUGACUGCGGCUAGUGACAGGGGGCUGCUGUCGUAUCUAUAUCCGAGGUCAUUUUUAAUGGAGGGCGCCGUUCGGUAUCUCAGCAAAGAUGUCUGUGCCAUUUAUGUUGCUGUUCUUACAGCAGGUUAGAUGUGUUCAUCACAUGUCGAGUUGUUAGCUAUCUCACCGUCAGGUGACAAGACGUGCGCUGAGCAAAAAACCGAGAAGCGCAGCCAGCAACCAGCUACCUGUCGAAGAGGUCCGAAUGAUCAUUUGAAGAGAGGUGCCCCGAUCAAAGGCGUAGCCGAUUACUUCGAGCCGAGCCUUCUACGUUAUCAGCGCAGAAACAGCUUUUACGGAGAUUAUUUCUGACAUGCAGCAGAAGUUGUGCACCCGAAACACGACCCUAUUUGUGGAGAAUGGCCUGGCCUGUGGUGCAGGGGCACCGUCUCAGCUCCCAUUUCGUUGCCCUCGGUGCGGAGAGCAUGAGCGCUUCCACAGUCUAGCUGCGCUGAGGGCCCACCUGGAGUACAGCCACACAUACCACACACAUCCCAGGCAUGACCUCAGCCUUCCAAACAGCAGGGGCCACUCAUACCCUGACUGUGCAGAGGACGGCAAGCGGGCCAUCGCCAAGACCCAGACAACAAAAGAUGCAGGCACCGACACUCACUCUCUUGGGAGGGGGGAGCACAAACUCCCAUUCAGCUCUGACCCCCCUCCACCUGAACAGUGUCAAGAGGGACCUCUGUCUCCAGAAAAGAGUGCGGCUUGUGGGGAGACGCCUGUUGGCACUGAGCUCCUCUCUGCACCGGUGGCCUCGGUGGGGCAGAGACUGGAGGGCAUGAUGAGGACAGCCAAUAGUAGCAUGGAACGGCGGCUGUUGCGGCUCAGUUCCGAACUGGCACAGACGGACACAGCACUGCUGUGUGAACGAGCUCACUCGCACCACUUGGCUCAGGAGCGGCAGGAAGUGCUAGAGCGCGAACGGGCACUUAGUAGGCAGGUGGACGCUGCUGUCAUGGUCAUCGCCACACUGAAGCAGCAGCUUAGCAUGUCUGAACAUGAGCUGGAGCGCAGAAAACAGGAAGUGAUCACUAUCCAGAAAUUUCUGGAAGCAGCAGCACAACAUGAAAUGUGUGGGAAAGUGCGUUUGCGACGGUUCAUCGAGAGCCUCCUGCGACGCAUCGCUCUGGCUGAAAGACUGCUUGAGUACUACCAGAGCACUCCGCACCAGCACUACUGCACGGCUCACCCUGGCCCUCCUUCAGCUGAUAUUGGUCCCCAAAGAAUAACCAAAAGCAGGUCUACAGGAGAGCAGCUGGUCCAUGAUGAAGAGCAGGCACACGAGUGUCAUUCUGGCUGGGAAGCAUCUAGAGUGUCUGGGGAGAGACUGGGUCAUCAGGGCUGGCUCCAGCGCAGCAGGUCAGACGGUUAUGAGGUUUAGGGAGCCAACCAAGCUUUGCACUGAAUGUACUAUGUAUGUUUAAAAUGUAGCGCAUUGAGAUUGUAUUUUAAGCUAUUAUACAGACAAAACCAUUAUGAUGAAAAAAUACAUUCCUGAAGUAAAGUUGACAAUUAGAUGUCUUUUUCAGGAUAACGUGGGAAGGCAGGCCUGCAGAGCAAGCCCCAGGCUGGGCUUGAGUGGAAGAAGCCCUAUCUUGGGCAGAGGUUAGCCAGUUAACUAAAGUAAAGGGAGAAAACUAACAUUGUUUGGCUAAAGCUUGUUAGUGACAAUAAAAUGUUGGUUGAGCUGUUUGUACAUAAUGAUGUUUAAAGUCACUCUUUUAGUGUCUGUUAGCUUCCUAACUAGCUAACAUGGUUGAGGAUGUAGCUAACUCUAACUUUAACCCCUUUUAUUUUGAAAGGAGCAAUACUAGCUGAUGUGAUUGUGGAAGUAGCUAGCCUUACCAGUAACCCUGACCUUGAAACUUUUUAUUUUGAAGAAGAUAUCUAGCAAUUUAUCAGCAAUUUAAAUACGCCCAAUUUGCCAGUGCUUCUUCCACCAUGCCUGGGGCUUCACAUCAUUGGUCUGUGUCGAUGCAGGUAGAUACUACUGAGAUAGUCUUGGUAUCUUUGUUACCCUUAUUGGCUUAAAAUAGCUUUCAAGUCUGAGCCCUGUAGGCUCUAGUGGUGUUCAACUAUGGCAUGUUAGUGUCUUGAUAGUCAGUAAAUUCACUCUGUGGAAUGUUAUAAGACUCCAUCUCUAGUGCUGUGAGAGCACAUUGAUGACAUUAUGGACACAUGGUGAAACUGCCCUUUAAAUCUGUUACACAUAGCUACCUAAGUUAGCAGUUUACAUUCUACAGAAACAUAAACUGAUUCAAAUCUUCUGAGAACUGAAUACUUCAUAUCUAACCAAUACUCACAUCUUAACAGUAUGAAUGUACUGUAUGAUAUCAGAAAAAACAACCAACUCUGUCAAAAUAGGUCAGAAUCUGUAGUAUUUUGAGCUUGCAGUUAGUUUGUGUUUGAUUAUGCAUUAGCAAAAAAAACCUGUUUUCCUUAGAAAAAAAAUCAAGAAUUGUAUUUAUUUGUCUCCACUAUUUACUUUGGUGUCUUUUUGAAGGUGCUGUUGCACACUAUGAAUGUCUAAGAUAAUAUGUGAGCGCAUUAAUGCACAUAACCUAUAUUUUAGUGGUGCUAUUGCCUGGAGAUGUCUACAAGCAUUUCAAUGUAGUCAAUACUCUGUGAAAUGCCUCCUAACAGUAGCCAGCUUUAUACAAAAUUCCAGUUCAAGGGUAAAAAAAAAAUCUUUGAUUGGCAAUAUUAGCUCGACUUCUUUUCAUAUUAGAAGAAGUAGAUAUUUGGCUUGUAUUUUCAGAUACACUUGACUGGGAUUCAUCUCCCAUAGCCUGAUGAUUAUUCACUUUACAUGGCAGUUUGAGGUAAGUGGGCAUCAGAGCUAAAAUCAUCAGUGGGUGUAAAUAGAGCAAUAGCACAUAUUGUCUUAAGCUCCAUUUUGGCAAAUCUAUGUAGCAGUUUUAAAGAUGAUAUAGUAGCCUACAUUUAUUGUUACAGCAGUUCGGUUUGAGCUUUACAAACCUAAAAAGGAUGUUGAUUUUAGCAUUUUCCAAAGUAUCAAAUAAUUUGCAUCUCAUUUCUUAAUUAUUACUUAAAUAAAAAUUCAUGAUUUUGUAGGUUACCAAUUCUCUUCCAUAUUCAGCCUGUUACAUUAAAUGGUAAUUUAAAUUUUGUGCUGUUUGUGGUUUACAGUUUAAAUGGAGGUGCAGAACAGUUUUCUCACCCUCAACCAUUGGUGUAAUCUUAACUAGGGCUGCACGAAAGUGAAAUUAUAAUUGACCAUUUAGACUGGGAUUAUAUUGAGCAUUGCUGUUACUGCAUUUAGAAUUGCAUGAUUAGUCUUUAGUACAUUUCUGUACUACAGUACUAACUGAGAAAGAGUUUGAGUAGGCAUACAAACUUGAUUCAGUCAAGUUCAUAUCUGAUGUGGAAUACCGAUCAUACCUAGUUGAUUGUGAUGUAGCAGACGGGUUUAUGGAAUGUGGCCUUUCACAGUGUACUGCAAAGCAAACAUACAUGAUUGUGCAACUUCUGCCUGAAAAUGAAAGGUGGUAGUGGGCUUUGACUGUAGUCCAGUACUGAAAAACAAAAUAUUAACACUGGUUGAAGUUCUGCUUACUGGUUUAAGGUUAGGGCUGCAUGAUAUGAAUAACAUAUUAGUGUUUUUGUUGUAUUGCUACAUAUUGCGAUAUAACUAUAUAGCAGUAUAUCAAAGUACCCAAAUGUCAUACAUUAAAACAACAAAAUCAUAUAUUCUGAAUAAUAAAUUUUAUAGUUAGUAAACUAAUAAAAAAUGGAACAGGAGUGCUCCUAAACCUCUAUCCUAACCCCCUAACCUCAAGAUCUAUGAUCUAAAUGCUCACUUGCCAGCCUCUGUCUACACCCCCAUCCCUCACACACAAACACACACACACAUACUACCCUGCACAUUGUCUCUGUGUUUGAAUCGGACUAUGUGAAUGGUGCGGAGUUGGAGAAUCCCCUGACUAUUGCAUUUCUCUCACACAGCCUCAGGUUCCCAACAAUUAAGAUUCUCAUAUAUAUAUAUAUAUAUAUAUAUA